CCUUAAAAUCGACCGAUACAGUACGGUACAGUACAUGAUCCAUGUUGGGUUGGGUAAGCAAAAAUGGUGGUCCUUCGGUCGGCGAUCCAGAUAGCAGCCCAAACCUUCUGUUGGUUCACCCUCGUGCGCUCCGACUCCUCCUCCCGACCCCUCACCCCUGCCUCCAUCCGUACGCCGACGAGAUCAUUCAAUGCUGCGGCGGCAUCGGCGGCGACCACAACCCCCGACAAGCCUUCUAUCUGCACGGCCGAUGAGCUUCACUACGUCUCCGUCCCCAAUUCUGAUUGGAGGCUCGCUCUCUGGCGCUACAAGCCUCCUCCUAAGGCGCCUCCAAGGAACCAUCCACUGUUCCUUUUGUCUGGAGUUGCUACAAAUGCAAUUGGUUUCGAUCUUUCUCCUGGGUCUUCAUUUGCACGUUACAUGUCCAGCCAAGGAUUUGAUACAUGGAUUCUGGAAGUUCGUGGUGCUGGGUUGAGCACUGGAGGAGUGAGAUCUGCAGAGGUCAAGAAGCCUGGAAAUGGUGCAUACUUUGUAGAUCAAACACCAGACGCUGACUCUUCAAACAUGGAUGUCAUACCCGCCAGAGGUAGAGGGACAGAGAUGGUUACGAAAUCAGAUAAAUCGCGGUUGGUGACCAAGUUGACUGAAACUAUUGUUGAUUGGUCCGAAAAACUAUCUGGCUGGCUAAAUGAAGGUUCAUCAGAGGCAGGGCAAAAUUCUGCCAGUGCUAAACAAAUCAGGGAUUUGAGUCAAAGGCUCAUAAAUAUCAUUGAAGAAGGUCAACAAUCUAUUCCUCCCCAGUUUAUUGAGAUGCAAGAUCGUAUCGUUGCAACAAUAGAAGAUCUCCAGAUACAACUUGACGUGAUUGUGAAGUAUGAUUGGGACUUUGAUCACUAUUUGGAAGAGGAUGUUCCUGCUGCGAUGGAGUAUGUAAGGAACCAAUGCAAGCCAAAGGAUGGCAAGUUACUUGCAAUUGGUCACUCCAUGGGGGGUAUCUUGCUAUAUGCAAUGCUAUCUCGAAACGGUUUUGAAGGAAAGGACUCUGGGCUGGCAUCAGUCAUUACAUUGGCCUCUUCACUUGACUAUUCAACUUCAAGAUCAUCACUAAAACGGCUUUUACCCCUGGAAAACCCUGCACAGGCUUUGAGCAUUCCUGCUAUUCCACUAGGAGUGCUGCUCACAGCUGCUUAUCCUCUUGCAGCCCGUCCUCCUUAUGUUUUGUCUGGAUUGAAGCUCCUGGCAUCUGCACAGAACAUGCAUCCAGAACUGUUUGAGAAGCUUAUUUUAAACAACUUUUGUACCGUACCAGCUAAGCUUCUUUUGCAGCUAUCAACUGCCUUUCAAGAUGGUGGACUGUGUGACAGGAGUAGAAGCUUCUUUUACAAAGAUCAUCUGCACAAAGGCAAUGUGCCAGUUUUAGCUAUUGCUGGAGACCGAGACCGAAUCUGCCCACCUGAAGCUGUAUUUGAGACAGUCAAGCUGUUUCCUAAGAAUAUAGUUUCCUAUAAAGUUUUCGGUGAACCGAGUGGUCCACAUUAUGCUCACUACGACUUAGUUGGAGGUCCUAAGGCAGCAGAUCAAGUGUAUCCAUUUAUACUGGAGUUUCUCAGUCAUCAUGAUAUGGCCUGAUUUCUCAGAGAAAUCAUAGAUUUAGCCCUCUCUACACCCCACCUUAGUUUUGCACUCCAUGACGACUUCCUUUUCCGGCGAAGAAAGGAACCAAAUCAGUGGAGUACCAUGUGGGUGGGUGGGUGGGAGGGAGGGAGAGUAACUUGUCAUAGCCCCGAUGAAUAGAAGUGAUGUGAAGGAAAUGAUACUGAGUGAACAUAUACAUAGUACUUCUGUAAGAAACAGCUACUGAGUACCUGGAUGUGUAGGGAAAGAUGUCCAUCCCACAACAAUGAUUUAGCAAUUAGUCGAAGGGUUGUUUUCGAAGUACAAAAUGUGUUUGAGGGUUUACUUGGGGAGAAAGAAACCUCCUCGAAAUGGAAGGACUUCUGGAGCUAGUAAAGGAUAGAACUGUCUGUUCAUCGUAUACUAUAGCAAGGAAUAGUUUAAGAGUUAUAUGAAAGUAACGUAAUUUUUCUCCUUCGUUUUCAAUUAAACCCAUGUAACCUUAUGUUGCAAGCCUGCAACAAAAUUCACAAGUAAUCUAUGUAUGCUUUAUACUAAACCAAAGUUAUUACCUUGAAAAAUGUAGAGUUUUUUUUUU